AUGGAUGCGGAGCGGCGCCCGUUCUCUGGGCGUGUGUGCGCGUUUCCGCCGCCGCCCGUGGGCUCGCAUCCCCGGGCCCUUGUUAAGCGGCUGGCGUGCAGAGGUGUGUCUGCACCAGCGGAGCUGCUCACAGGCGAACAGCCAGCCAUCCAGACCCACCAGGACCCCCCCCAGGACCCACCAGGACCCACCAGGACCCACCAGGACCCACCAGGAUCCAGACCCCUCCGAACCAUGGCGUCCAAAUGUCCCAAAUGCGACAAGACGGUGUAUUUCGCGGAGAAGGUGUCCUCUUUAGGGAAAGACUGGCACAAGUUCUGCCUGAAAUGUGAACGCUGCAGCAAGACGCUGAACCCGGGAGGUCACGCUGAGCACGAUGGGAAACCCUACUGCCACAAGCCCUGCUACGCCACCCUCUUUGGACCCAAAGGUGUGAACAUCGGCGGGGCCGGCUCCUACGUGUACGACGUAGCCCCUGUCAACGAAGCCCCCGCCGCCGUUUCCAUGGAAACCGAUGCCAAGCCGGAGCAGGAGAGGAAAGCCCCCGCACGGGGACCGGUGAAGGCUGCCAGCUUCUCGUCUUUCUCCGGAGGGCCCAACAUCUGCCCCAGGUGCAACAAGACGGUGUACUUUGCCGAGAAGGUGUCCUCCCUGGGGAAGAACUGGCACCGGCCCUGUCUGCGCUGCGAGAGGUGCAGCAAGACUCUGGCCCCGGGCAGCCACGCAGAGGUGAGGGGUCAGGGGUCAGGGGUCAGGGGUCAGGGCUCAGGGGUCAGCCGGCCAUCUGCUCGUUAUUCUGCCCACACCUCCAGUCUGAUCCACAGCAAAACACGUACACGUUUUGUAUUUAUUGACGUUAGACAUAUUUAG